AUGUGAAGUGUGUUUCUAUGACAACGACAAACAUCAGUGAACUUCCCUUUCCUUUAGUAAAACACUUCAAUACGAGUCUAACGUGUCUUUCAUUGGACACAAUCAUUGGAUCAAUUGUUUUGGUCAUUACAUUGUCUGGGAUUGAGUGCCGAUCCGCCGAUCACUGACCUCAGAGAUGGGCGCAUAUAAGUAUAUACAAGAGAUCUGGCGACACAAACAGUCAGAUGUGAUGCGAUUCCUGCUUCGGCUCCGUUGUUGGCAAUACAGGCAACUGAAUGUCAUUCAUCGGUGUCCGCGACCGACCAGAACCGAAAAGGCCCGCAGACUUGGUUAUCGGGCCAAACAAGGUUUCGUUAUCUAUAGAGUGCGUAUACGACGCGGUGGACGCAAGAAGCAGGUGCCCAAAGGUGCCACUUAUGGUAAACCCAAGAAUCACGGCGUGAAUGAAUUGAAACCACGUCGUAAUCAUCAAGCGAUUGCCGAAGAGAGAGUCGGUAGACGUGUGGCCAAAGCGUUGCGUGUUUUGGGUUCAUAUUGGGUGACACAGGACUCGUGCUUCAAGUAUUUUGAAGUGAUUUGUAUCGAUCCGCACCACAAAGCCAUCAGACGUGAUCCUAAAGUCAACUGGAUUUGUGCCCCAACUCAGAAACAUCGUGAACUUAGAGGAUUAACCAGCGCUGGUAAGAAACACCGCGGAUUGGGAGGACGUGGCCACGGCUACAGUAAAGUAAUUGGUGGUUCCCGACGGGCAAAUUGGCGCCGAAGGCAAAUGUUACAAUUGAGACGAAAGCGUUAAACARUUGUCUUAUAAUUAAUUGUUUGACAUUUAGUCUUAAUAUUUCAAUAAUUAAGAAAUUAAUAAACAUUUUUGAUUCAAAAUUUUUUAUUUAA